CGCCUGCGCCACAGGACGAGUCGAUAUUUAGCUUAGGUCAUGGCCAAGACGGUCAAGACUCCCGCAAUAGUGUCAUCGAGCUCAGCGGGCAAGCAUCGCUACGCUGGCCUGCGAAGAAAAGCUCGAUCUGGCGAGGCGCGGUUAGCAAAACGCGAGCAUGCGCUGACGGCACAAAUUGAAGCUGGCCUCUUUCACAAGGCGCUAAAGACCUGCAGACAGAUCUUGAGGAUUCAGCCGGACUCGAUAGAUCACCAACGCGUACAAGGGCAGAUCCUGCUGGCGCUUGAAGAUUACACAGCAGCGCUUGCGCUCCUGGAACAUGUCCCUGCCUGCCAACUCGAGAUAGCCUACUGCUGCUACAAGCUAGGGCAAGUGAGCCGGACGGCGGACCUCCUGCAGCAUGGCGAAGAUAGCCUCGACGAGGGCAAAGCGCGUGGCUUGCGCUUAUUGGAAGCUCAAGUGAGGUACAAGCAAGGAGAUUAUCGGGAGGCCCUCAAAUUGUAUGAGGACCUCCUCGAGUCAAGCGACCCUGCGUCACCUGAGCAUGAGGAUAUUCAGAACAACUUGCAAGCCUGUCAAAGCCGCUUGGCCUUUGCAUCAUCGUUACCCGAUCACAUUGCGAACAUGUCUACGCCAGUAGAGAUGCUCGAGGCCACGCCGAUACAAUCGCUCAUCGCACAACAUCCGCGCUACAGACCGACGCAAGCGCCCGCAUCGAUCAUAUCCCUCAAUGCAGAAACGAAUAGCCAAUCCAGCAAAUUAUCAAAACAGCCCGCCGUGGUCAAGACGCCAAAGCUACCGGCACACAUUGCCGCAUUGCCGCCCGCAGAGCGACCUGCGCCUGAUCCAGAGCGAUGGCUGCCCAAGCGCGAGCGGUCGACCUGGCAGGACAAUCGCGCGAAGCGUGAGAAGGAGCGUGGGAAGAUCAAAAAGAAGACUGCAAGCCAGGCGGGGCUCACACAAGGAUCAUCUGCUUCUGCGCCAGCUGCGAAGCCUGUCAACAGCGCUAAUGCGAAGAAGAAAGGCAGCAAAGGCAAGAGGAAAUAAAUGCAUUUCUGUUGCCAGCCUGCAUCUGUUGGCACUCCCCACAUUGUGCUUGUAUGGAAGGUGACUGUGCCCAUGACUGCAUGAGUGCAUGACUG